AUGGCGGAAAAGCUGCUCAAGGAAAAGGUGUCAAACAUGGAGCAGUUUGAGCGCGCGCUCAAGCGGGCGCAGCCGGUGGCCUACCUCGCGUUCUACGACGCAUUCCAGCAGCAGACCCAGGUGCACAUCCCACUCCCUUCCCCGAGCGUGUGGCACUACGAGGGCGAGCGGCGCAAGCAGUGGGCGGAGCGCUUCAUUCCCAUCUCGCAUGAGGCGCAGCAGUUCUUUGAGAAUGUGCUCGCGGCUGACGUGAAGAAGUCACCAGAUGGGGCGGAGAAGGUCCUGCAGAAGGUGGCGGCGGUGCUCGAAGAGGUCGGAAAGGUUCUGGUACGGCGGCACCAGCGUCGCCUCGGUGGGCGUGCAUGGUCAGCACUCUCAGACGCAGAGAAGGACGUCUUCUGCGCAGGUGACGCCCGGCGCGUGCAGCUGCAGGUGGAGACCGGCGACUUCGACCCGCCAGAGGACGAGCGCGAUGUCGGAGAAGCAGCAGCGGAGUGGAAGAGCGAGCACGACGCCAUCAUGGAGCUAAUCACGGCACCCAUUGACGGCCUCGGCUUCACCGCGCAGGACUUCUGGAGGUGCGCCGUCCGCUGCGAGGAGAUGGAGACAGAGCACAUCCACGCGGAGGAGCGUGCGCGUGCCAUCAGCGCGGCCGCACGAAAGGCGCUCUACAACACGACCUCGUUUGACGCUGUUGUGCAGGGCGCCGUCGACGCCGUGGCACGCGGUAAGUUGGACAUGAGCGCGGGUGUAUUGGUGCCGCACUUCAACGAUGUGUGGUGCCAGCUCAACUACGCCAAGUUUGGCGCGGCGACUGUCACGCAACACACGACGACGGCGCGGCGGCAGCUGUUCUUCCACCACUCCGGCUCCCUGAAGGAGGUCGCCGCGACAGCGACUCUGUACUAUGCGACAAAGCCGCUGAGCAGCUCCCUCGACUACGCGUCACCGUACAAGUUCCGCCGUUCACUCCUCGCGCUUUGCUCCACGUACGGGGUGGAGAUGGCGCACGCGACGCAGCGGCCGCUGUUGCUCUCUGCUGCACAUCUUGCACGGGCGGAGGAUUUGAUGCGGACCAUCGUAACCCACGCUGCACGCCCUUUUGGCGAGCGUCGACGCGCCGCUCUCGAGCGACUGCGCGUGAACCACGAGCGCCUCGCUGUUCCUGUGCGGAAGGUGUUGGUGACGGCACCAAAUUCGGAUCUCCUUGCGAGUGGCAAGGAGCUCUCGGAGUCGGCAGCAAACACAACAAAGAAGGGGUCGGUGACGAUGUGGCCACUCGGUGCCCGGCGUGCCUUGUCGUAUGACUGGCAGACCCCACACCUCCAAAAGCUCAAGGCGGUCACCGCUGCUGCAGGCGCCACAAUGACCGCGCAACAUGUCAAGGAAAUACAUGCGGCUAAGCAACGCGCAUUCGUUGAGGUCUCGUUGUGGAGGCGGGUAACCCCAGAGGAAGUGAAGCAGCGACGGGAGACUGCAGAAGCAGAGUCCAAAUGGGUUGCAGACACACUGCGGUCGGUGCCACAACUCAGGCAGGUGCAGCAGUAUGCUACUUCUCUCUAUCAACGUGUAGGGGAAACUCUACCGGAGCUUCCUAAUGCUGCUGCUGCUUCUGCUCCUGGUGGUGGUGGUGGUGGUGAGGAGUCUGCUUCGGGAAAAGAUGAUGAUACUUCGACGUGGGAGUUUGCCGUCAUGCUCGACGAUCGUGCCACCCUCAACAUGGAGCAGGUGGCCGAUCUUUAUCUUCCCUACGCGGAUGCCAAUGGGGUGCCGCUUCCCCAGGGUGAGUACCGUGUGCGUGUGCGUUGCUUUGAUCUGGACAUGAACCCCAACCACAAUCCGGCACUCUGCAGUGAGGCCUUCUCCGCAUCGCUGCAGGUCUUCGACGCCAUGCCGCAGCUCAUCAAGCAGUUCUUUACGGUUUCAAAGAAGGGCGAAUCUGAAGUGCCACACAUCCCGGCAUCAGAUUUUAUUCCCUUCUGCGAGUUUCUGCGUGAGGCUGGUUUAGAUGUCCCCCUUCGGUGUGAAUUUGAGGCUGGCCAGGCCCUUACAGCGGAAGGCGAUGUCUUUAUGGAUUAUUUCCAGAAGUUGUUGCGCAGCGAUGAGUUCCAUCGGAGCUGUGCGCAGGCUGGUGUGACGGAUGCGCAGCGGGAGAUUGAGCCAUCAUGCCGCGCUCACUGGGAGGUGCACCACCCUGGUGCAAACGAGGCGGAAUGGGCUGAGGCCCGCCGCCAUGUGCUUGACCGGGCAAUGCAGCAGGAAAGGGAGUGGUGGUUUCCAAAUGACAUGUUAGACGUGCAGGACAUCGCGACAGGUAGCAGCAGUGGCCACAUGGCGUCAAUGUACCCAGCAACAAUGCGGUACGGAACCGAAUUGUGUACUGUACUUACAGCCGAAGGCAGAUGCGACAGUGGUAGUGGUUUGUCUGCAAAAUGCGAAGUAAAUGGCACAGGUGGUGUGGAGUCGCUCACAAUUAGCUCAGCGAACUGCAGCUCUUCUAUGAUCUCUAUAGAUGAGGCGUUGUCGGUUGCACAGCGUGCACUACGCGGUGCUCAUGACCGCCACAACACACUUAGCGCUUUCCGUCUUGGUCCACUGGUGAAGCAGGCGCAGGUAAUGGUGUUCUGUGGCAUUAACGCCUUUGAGUUUGGUGGCAAGUACGCUAGGUCCUAUGUGUACGCCUUUGGGAAGGCCAAGAAGGAGCUUGCAAACACCGCCGUCUCGGGCCGUGUGGUGUUGGGCGUCGGUGAUGAGGAUGUGGAGCGCGUGUCAGACAAGGAGGGUGCCGACCGCUUUGCAUCGACCACGCAUCCUGAGCAGCGCAAAAAACUCUUCGUGGCGCGCGUGGGGCCCGGCGCGGUGCCCAUCGACGACCCCACGCCCGAGCAGAAGUCAGAAUGGGGGCGAUAA